GCUCAGAGUGGUUAGCUGGCCCAGUUUAUUGUGUUUCCUUAAAGCGUGCGGAAACACCACGCCCCUUACCAUUAGUUGUUACAUGUGCUUCAGUGGAAAUGUAAAUAAUGGUUACAUAUUGUACAGGUAUUCGCCUUAUUCACCUCGAACGUUCUACGGAGCUUGAGGGGUACACCUACCACUUCCGGGAAUUCUCGCGCCGCGACUUCUCUUAGCGGCAAUGGCGCCGCACUGCUGUGUUCCCCAGUGCACUUCAUCACACAGAAAAAAAUCCAACAGAGGACAAACCUUUCACCGUUUUCCAGAGGAUAAGAGACUACGUCGAGAGUGGAUAAAAAAUAUCAGAAGGGAUCCUGGACGUAAUUUUAAGAUAAAAACACACACAAAAGUGUGCUCUGAGCAUUUCCUCCCAGACUGCCUUGUAAAAACCAAGACGGGCAUCACCAAGCUGAAAGAAGGUGCUGUGCCAACUGUGUUUGCAUGGAGUUCGUUCAGACCAGAGAGGAGGAUCAUUGUUAGAACUGCAAGUAAUGUUUCCACGGACAUCGUUGAUGGUGUGAAUGUGUUGAGGUAUGUAAAGGUGUAAUUGGUUACAUGAUAUUGAGCAACACAUGUAUGUGCUUAUACAUGUCACUGAGCCAAUGAUUAUGCUGCUGUUGAUGAACGGUGGUCUAACGUGAAUUAUAUCAGUGUAAAGUUUAAUUACAAACAUCCAAAUGCUAUUUCAUACGUUUUACAGUAUAUGUGACAUAAAAAUCCAUGUUUUAAUCCAUAAACGUGUUUAAUCCAUGUAUCCUUUUAAAAGACCUAAUGUGUCCAUCAAUAUGUUUCUCUUAUACA